UUAAUAUAUUCAUUAUUCAUAAAAUAUUAAAGACAUUGUGUAUAUACGUGCAUUUAAUAAUGUAAGAGUGUGUUUGUACUUUGUCAUGUCAUUUUAUACUUGGAGAGGGAUUUACAUGGAUGUAGGUAAUAUAGAUAACCUUUGGACUUAGUUUUAUAAUGUGUAAUUGUCGUUCAUACAGUGAAUAUUUCUUAUUCUUGGUACUGUCAUUAACUUCAUACUACAUUUUCAUUAUGAAUACCGCAGGAGAAACGAUGGCAAAAAAUGGGCUAUUAUUUGUGUCUCAUGCUGCGAAAGCGCACAGUGUGUGCCAAAAAGCUUCUAAACAUGUUCAAAAAACAUUGUACAUAAACUUCAUGAAGAACACACAAAACUCAUUGCCAGUAGUCAGUAAAGAAAUAGAACAACUGUACACCAAGGCUACAUCCGAGUGCAUUAAUUUAGAUGUAAGACUGAUGCUAAAGCCAACUGAAGCUGCGAAAACUAUAAAAACGAGUAAACCAAUAGAUAUUUUGCUGUAUGAUAGUGCCUUAACUAAUGAACUGGAAGAUAUAAAAAAAUCUGUAGCCACACUAAAUACUGAUUGUAAACUUCAAAGCAUUGAUUUUUCAGAUGUAAGUCUACGAGAUAUUAACACCAAAGAGCAAGAGGUAAAGACUUACGAAUAUGUAGCCCUUGGUGGAACAUUUGACCGCUUGCACAAUGGCCAUAAAAUCCUUCUAUCGCAAGCUGUUCUGCGCUCCAAGAAACAUGUUACGGUGGGCGUCACUGAUGUUAAUAUGAUUCAGUCUAAAAAAUUAUGGGAGCUAAUAGAACCAGUGGAACAGAGGAUAAAGGCGGUGUUAAACUUCCUAACCGAUAUCAACCCAGACUUGGAAUACCAUGUGUUCCCUCUGAAAGACCUGUAUGGACCUACUAAAGAUGAUCCUAAGUUCCAGAUGAUAGUAGUCAGUGAGGAGACAGUCCGUGGGGCUAUGAAGAUCAAUGAGAAAAGGAAAGAAAACGGCCUUCAUCCAAUGGACACGUACGUCAUCAACUUGGCCGAGGACUCUCACCCUCAGAGGUCUCAGGAGGAGGAGCAGAAGGUCAGCUCUAGUAACCAGAGGAUGAGGCUGCUUGGGACUGUUCUGAGGCCUCCAGUGCCAAAUCCUCAUAUUCCAGACUGGCCUUAUGUAAUUGGACUGGCAGGUGGCAUUGCUAGUGGAAAAAGCAAUAUUGCAGAAAAGUUAAGGAAAAAAGGCGCGGGCCUAGUAAACUGCGACAUAAUCGCGCACGAGUUGUACAAGCCGGGUCUGCCGCUCAACGGCACGCUGGCCGAGGCCUUUGGGCAGCACAUCCUCACUGAGACAGGGGAGGUGGAUAGGAAAGUGCUGGGGCAAAUCGUGUUCAGUGACAAGGACCAGCUAGAGAAGCUAAACGGUAUAAUGUGGCCGGCAGUCCUCCAAGAGGCCCAGAGACAAAUCAGAGAGCUAGGCCAGCAAGGAUACCGCGUGGUGGUGAUGGAAGCAGCCGUGAUGGUGCGCGCCAAGUGGUACCACUCCUGCCACCAGCUGUGGUCGGUCAUCAUCCCGCCUGAAGAGGCGGUGAAAAGGUUGCAAAAGCGGAACAACUUGACCGAAGAAGAGGCGCGGCAGAGAAUCGAGGCCCAACCCUCGAACGCAGAGCAAAUUGCCGCCGCGAAUAUAGUGUUCAGUCCAUAUUGGAGCUACGAAUACACUCAGGCGCAAAUCGACCGCGCCUGGGAACAUUUACAAGAGCUUCUGAAGGAGAGAAAGUAAUAAAAUAGCAGUAAAAACCCUAGAACGUAAGUGUUAAGGUUUUAAUUACAAGGAGCGCGCUAUGUCUGUUUUUAAUCACUGGUCAUGACGGGAGUCUAGGAAACGGAACACUCUUUAUGUAUUGCACAAAGCCGUAGUGUAGCUGAAGUUUAAAUGUUAUAUGAUAAGGGAGGAUUGGGGAGUUGACAGUUGGCACCAUAUUAUAUCAAUAAUGCCAACACAACAACGCAACGCAACGAAUUUAUUGGUGCUGUCAACUACCCCAUUAUUUUUGUUACAGUAAUGCCCGUUUUCACCAUCAAUUCCUAAUUUUUAAGUGACCCCUAUGGUAACACAUAACAUGCUUUUUGUUUUAAUAGAGGUCACUUAAAAAUUAGGGAUUCUGUUGUUUUCAAGCCCAUAUAAAAACUACCCGUUCGUGUCCAGUGGUUAUAAACAAGAACGAAAAGUCAUAGGAUUUGAGCAUUAGCUUACGUAUUGUCGCAAUAUUAACGAAUAAGUUAUGUAAAGUGCCUUUAGCAGAAGAUUCGUUCAUGUU